GUCACAAGGCUGCGCCGUGCUGCGAUUCGUCUGAAGAAAGGACAGUGUCCAAACACAGAAAAACUCCAGCUGAAGCAACUGAGAUCCACGUGACGCACCAUUAUAAAGAUGGAGUUUAUUAAGGAUGAGACUGAAGAGGAAAGGAUUGUAGAAGUAUUCCGAGUGAAACAAGAAGAUACUGAGGAACAAAUAAAGAUUGUGUUUAUUAAAGAGGAGAGCGAAGACACCAGUAAUGAAGAAGCUUUCGGAGUCCAACAUGAAGAUAUUGAGACACAAACAGAGAUGGUGUUCAUUAAAGAGGAGAGCGACGACAUGAGUGAUGAAGAAACAUUCAGAGUCCAACAUGAAGAUACUGAGACACUAACAGAACUGAAUCAGCUAAAAGAGAUGAGUCACGAACUGAAGGAAAUGGAGGAGAAUAAUCCAUGUGAGAAAGAUUAUUUAAUAACUGAAGAAAUAAGUUGCUCAUAUACAAAAAAUAAUUCCCAAAAAAGAGCUCGGAAGGCAGAAGCUAAAAGUCAUUUUACCUGCCAACUGUGUGGAAAAAGUUUUGCUCGAAAAACAAACCUUAAAGUCCACAUAAAAAGACAUACUGGAGAAAAGCCUUUCGCAUGCAAAGAGUGUGAGAAAAGUUUCACACACAAAGCAAGCCUUAACGUUCACAUGAGGAAUCACACUGGGGAAAAGCCUUACACCUGUCAGCAGUGUGGAGAAAGUUUUAAACGUAAAGGAAACCUUAAUUGCCACAUGAAAAUUCAUUCUGGUGAGAGCCCUGACAACUGCCAACAGCAUGGAAAGAGCUUUGAUCAACAAGGAAAGCUUAAAGUAAACAUGACAUUGCACACUGUAGAAAAGCAUUUCAUCUGCCAACAGUGUGGAAAGAGUUUUGACCAACAAGGAAACCUUAAAGUCCACAUGAGAGUUCACACUGGAGAAAAGCCUUAUACCUGCCAACAGUGUGGAAAAAGUUUUACUCAAAAAGGAACAUAUAAUGUUCACAUGAGAAUUCACACUGGAAAGAGCUCUUUCGCCUGCGGUCUGUGUGGGAGGAACUUCACACGAAAGAACAAUGUUAAGACUCACAUGAGAAUUCACACUGGAGAGAAACCUUAUACUUGUAAACAGUGUGGAAAGAGUUUUACACAUAAAGGACACAUUAAUACCCACAUGAGAGUCCACACUACAGAGAAGCCAUUUUCAUGCGAUCAGUGUGGAAAGAGUUUCAAAUGUAAAAUACACCUUAAUAAUCACAUGGGGAUUCACACUAGAGAGGACUUUUAUAUGCCAUUAUUGUGAAAGGAGUUUCACACAAAAAAAACAUCUUAAGAAUCAUGUAAAAAUUCUCAUAGCAGAGAAUGUGCCAUCAUUGUGGACAGUUACACAAACAUUGGAAAACUUAUGGAUAGGUAAUUCACACACACACACACACACACACGUGUUAAAUUUCUCUCGAUAAUUAAUUUAAAUGCUAUAAUCCAAAAAAAAGUGAUCUUACCAAACUACUUCAUCUCUGUGUUUCAUAUAAAGCAAGAAGAAUGCUACAUCUAAUAAGCCACAAAUUACAAAAAAUAUUUUUACACUUCUGGUCAUAUAUUGUAUUGCAAACAUGAACAGCUUGAAGUUCUUAAUGCUUUGCGUUCAGGUGGUUCUUUGUCUCUACAUUGUGCAUUAAAGUUAUUUAAUUCACAACUAGCCAUGGAAUAUCCUUUACAAAAAACAUGGCAUUUUAUCAUUCAUUCCUAAUGCAGGUUCAAGGGUUCACAUACUCCGCCAGCUUCGCCAGGCAAAAGAGGAUGCUUACAGUAGUGAGGUUAAAGCCUUGUACAAACAAACAAAAGCACGCUGACAAAAGACAUCAGAGUGGCGAAGUUACUUGAAAAGCUGAAAAAACUGUUUUCUAUCCAUGAGCCUGCAUCAGUUUGGAAUUCCUUCAAAACUAUUACCAGCUACAAGAUGCCAUCCCCCAGCACUGAGGUGAAUCAACAACUGGCUGAAGACCUGAAUGAGUUCUACUGCGGGUUUGAAUAGCCUGGUCUCACAUCUCUCACCUGCUCUGACUGUCUCUCCACACAACCUUUAAACAUACCCCGUUCCUCCCACCUACUGCUUCCUAGCCUGCACUCAAGAUCUGUGAGGAAGAUGUCUGUAGAGACUUCAGAAAAAGUAGAAAAAAGUAAAGCCUAAAGCCCAGACAGUGUCUCACCAGCCUGUCUAAAAGCCUGUGUGAUACAUCUUCAGAUCACUGGAGCUGUAUGAAGUCCCCUCCUGCUUCAAGUGCUCUAACAUCAUCCCUAUAAUAAAGAAACCAAAAAUCCCAGGGCUAAAUGACUAUAGACUUAUUGCCCUUAAAUCUGUGGUCAUGAAGACAUUUUAAGUCAUUUGGUUUUUGGCCCACUUUAAGGACAUUACUGGACCUUUGCUAAACCCUAUUCAAUUAGCUUAUCAAGCAAACAGGUGCAUGGAUAAACUUCCUGAAACACGCAACUGAACACACACACAACUGUGGAGGUGAUCGCAGACUUUAGGAUAAACCUCCCUGCACUCCCCCUACUCACCAUCAUAUACAGCACGGUGUCAUUCGGUUUCCUGGGCAUGACCAUCUCUCAGGACCUGAAAUGGGAAACUCACAAAGUUUUUUCUUGCCACCAAGAGUUAAAGACUGUUAAACUUUUGGUAAAACAGCACUCAUCACUGUCACUUUUUAGUUAUCUGAACAAUCACAGUGAAGGAGGGGCGGGACUAAGGCUGCAUGAUAAAUCACAUGCAAUUGUCAUGCGCAUCUUGUCAGUAAAGCUGGUUCUGUGAUUAGUAGUUAAUCUCCAUCUCUCCAUUAAGUGUGCUCAGAUGGAAUGGACUUUAAUACACAGAGCCGUAGUUCGCUGACCAGCUAUGCAAUAUCGAGUUCAUAAUCGCAGGUUAAAAAAUAAUGCUUGGAGAAACAUUUCAUUAGGGAUUCGUCUGUCAUACUGCUUCAGCAUAUAUUCCAUAUCAUACCAACCACAACGUUUAAUUUUUUUUAAAAACGCGGCACUGUCAAGUUCUCACAGCUUGGUGUUUUCAGCUGGCUUUGGUGGACACACGGCCUUAUUGUUACUUGCCGCUACACAUAUAGCCUGUUACAUUAACAUUUAAUCAUUAAGCAGAUGCUUAAAUCCAAAACGACUUUCAAAUGAGAACAAUAGAAGCAAUUCGAUCAAUGAUAGAACAAUAGUAUACAAGUGCCAUGACAAGUUUCAGUUAGUCUAGCGCAGUACACAGUGUUUUAUAUAUAUAUAUAUAUAUAUAUAUAUAUAUAUAUAUAUAUAUAUAUAUAUAUAGAAUAGAAUAGAAAAGAAAAGGUAUGUGCUAGUAUUAGUUGGUCAUGUGCUGGCAAAAAAUAUUUUUUUUGAAAAUGACUGAAGACUCAGUUGUUCGAAUUGAGAUUGGGAGGUCAUUCCACCUGCUGGGCACAGUCCAGGAAAAGGUCUAUGAGAGGGAUUUUGAAUCUCUUUGGGAUGGUUCUGUUCACUUGCAGAACGCAAGCUUCUGGAGGGCGCAUAAAUUUGAACUAGUGAGUUUAGGUAUAUUGGUGCAAUGUCAGUGGUCGUCUUGUAGGCAAGCAUUAGUACCUUGAAUUUCAUGCACGUGUCUAUGGGUAGCCAGUGUAACCUCUUUUUGGGGGAAGUCGUGGCCUAAUGGUUAGAGAGUCGGACUCCCAAUCGAAGGGUUGUGAGUUCGAGUCUCGGGCCAGCAGGAAUUGUAGGUGGGGGGAGUGCAUGUACAGUGCUCUCUCCACCCUCAAUACCACAACUUAGGUGCCCUUGAGCAAGGGAUCAAACUAGUGUAUGUGUUCACUGCUCUGUGUGUGUGCACCUUGGAUGGGUUAAAUGCAGAGCACGAAUUCUGAGUAUGGGUCACCAUACUUGGCUGAAUGUCACGUCACUCUUGCUGCUGCGUUCUGGAUCAGUUGCAGAAGCUUGAUAGAACAUACAGGAAGGCCCGUAAGAGAGCAUUACAAUAGUCCAGUCUGGAGAGAACAAGUGCUUGGACAAGAAGUUGGGUGACUUGCUCUGACAGGAAGGGUAUAAUCUUCCUAAUGUUGUAUAAGGCAAAUCUGCAGGACCAGGUGAUUGUAGCAAUAUGGUCUGUGAAGCUUAACUGAUGAUCGAUUGAUCUCCUAGCUUUCUGGUGUUCCUGGAAGGAGUUAUGGUUGACGAACCCAGCCGUAUAGAGAAGUUGUGAUGAAACGAUGGGUAAGCUUGAAUCACCAGGAGUUCUGUCUUAGUAAGGCUGAGCUGAAGGUGAUGGUCCUUCAUCCAGCUAGAAAUGUCUCUCAGACAGGCUGAAAUGUGAGCAGCUACCGUAGGAUCAUCUGGUUGGAAUGAGAAGUAAAGUUGAGUGUCAUCAGCAUAGCAGUGGUAAGAAAAGCCAUGUUUCUGAAUGACAGAUCCUAAUGACGUCAUGUAGAUGAAGAAGAGUGGUCCAAGCACUUAGCCUUGAGGAACCCCAGUAGCAAGAAGUUGUGACUUAGAAACAUCACCUCUCCAAGACACCUUGAAGGACCUACCUGAGAGCGGUUAGAGAUGCUGAUCCUUUUUAGGGUGCACAAGAGAAUCUGGUGGUUAACUGUGUCAAAAGCAGCAGACAGAUCCAGCAUGAUGAAUACUGAGGUUUGGAAGCUGCUCUUGCCAGUCGCAGGGCUUUAGUUAUUUAAAAAGGGGCAGUCUCAGUUAAGUGGGCACUUUUCAAGGCAGCUUGGUUGCUGUCCAGAAGGUUCUGUACUAGAAACAUUGGUUGAACACAACUUGCUCAACUGUCUCAACUAGAAAUGAAUGAAAAAAAGGGAUCUGUAGUUUUCUUAAAGUGCUGGAUUUAGAGACCGUUUCUCAAGCAGUAGGCUUACCUGACCCUGCUUAAAUGCUGUGGGAAAUGUACCAGAGUGAAGAGAAGUGUUAAUAAUGUGAAUAAGUAAAGGUAUGAAUGAAGAAGAAAUGACCUGAAGGAGGUGAGUGGGGAUAGGAUCAAGUGGACAAGUUGUAGGAUGAUUGGAAAGGAUAAGUUUGGAAAAACUUCCAUCUCCAAGAGUGGAGGGAAGAAGGAGAGAGAGUGUAUUUUAUUCGUUAUGAAGUUAUCAUUAGUCUGCAGUGUGGGGAAUUGUUUUUUGAAAAGUUAAAACUUAUUUAAAAAACUAAACCUACAUAAAUGUUUAAAAACUACACUUAAAUAUAAAUUAAAUUAAAACUUAGGAGUUAAAUAAGAACUGUACUGCUAAGUACAGUACAUUUGUUAUUUAAUCACAGAUUUUAAGAGUUUUAUUUAAAAUCUUUUAAUAUUUAAGUUUUAUUUACCUGAACGUAGGCACAGAGCAGUGUUAAUGUUCAAACUGUGUAUUUUACAAUGUUCAAAGUGGAUGACAAUAAUAAAUAGUCUUAUUAGGAAUAUUUUUUUUAAAGGGAUCAUAUGAUGCAAUUUCAAUUUUUCCUUUCUCUUUGGAGUAUUCCAAGCUCUUGGUGUAUAAAGAAGAUCUGUAAAGUUGAUAUUCUUUAUAAAAAUUAAGAGUCAACCACACACCCCUAAAACGGCUCCGUCAAACUCGUUCUAUCAUAAUGUGAGAAGAUUUACAUAAUGCCACUCAAAAGUUCACGCAAAGAAAAAAGGCGUAACUUUUUUUAUCUCUAUUGCAGCUGCCGUCAUGUCGUGGAGUCAAUGUGUGUUUCAUUGUGAAAGCGAAACUACUUGUUUGUCCUUCCAAAAGAGGACAAGACUAAAAAUCAUUGGUUAAGUUGUGUUUCAACACUUUUCCAGAACAGUCCAUCCCAAAUAUUCAGAUGUGUGCAGUGUAUUUUAUGAAGGAGGAGGACUGUUUCCUGAAAGAAUGGCCUGCAAUGUGUCUGUGGCACAACUGCUGUUUCUAUAAAGUGGGGCAGUUCAAACUUUGCAAGGACAGUCUGGCGCUUCUGACUCAGCCUGUAAGUACCAUAUUUAUAUGUAAAUAAUUUGCCAUGAUGAUUAAAGCAUGAGUUUUUAGCAGUGUAGAGUAGGUUUGUUUCUUGUUACUCAGAUCAGAAAUGCAGACAUGGUUUUAUGGUUACGCAGCGCGAUACCCAACGCAACGCGUAAAAAGACCGUAUAAGUCAUUAUAAUCUGUAAUUAUGUGCCUAAUGGAUGCAAAAAUGUCUCGUUUGUCAUGGGUUUUAUUGAUUUUGUCUUGUCUAGUGAUGUCCAGAGCGCGAACAAGUUUUUCCAUUUAACCAGAUCUUCUUAGAGAACCGGUUGAACCGGUUCACCAAAUCGAACUGAAUCUUUUGAAACUGUUCAUGUCUCCAGUAUGCACUAAUCCACAAAUUACUUAAGAAAUUACACUCCCUCUGACGCGAAAUAAACCAAUAUCCCGAGUUAUUCAGUUACUCCUAACAGUACAUUGACUGAACUGCUAAAAGAGAACCGAUGAUGGGAUGUGUACAAGCAGAGCAGCUGGACUGAGUCUCGUGCUGCUAAAAACAUCCCACCUCUCCACCUUAAAUAACACAUCAAUUUGCUACCUGCUUUUAUUUAAUUUAAAUGUCAAAUUAAAAUUUGGUUUAUUUGCUAUCUGCUUUUGUAUAAUUCAGUGGUUUUGUGGUGUUAUGCAUUAUACAAAUACAGAUUUUUAUCAGCUGUAAAUACAGUAAAUAAUGCUUACAUCUGUACAUAAACCUUGUAAUUUCUAAUGUAAGUUACUUUAUUAUAUAUAUAUAUAUAUAUAUAUAUGUAUGCGUGUGUGUGUGUGUGCAUUUAUUUAUUUUACGUAUGUGUUUUAUGUUAUUCUUUCUCUCGUGUUAUAUAUGUUUGUACCCAGAGCUCCUGGAAACCAAAACUAAUUCCUUGUGUGUUUGUGAAAACUUAGUGAAUAAAGCUCAUUCUGAUCUGAUUCAGUGAAAGUGA